GUCAGAGAGCACCGAUGUUUGAUCCUGUAGUGCCCGGAGAGAGCAUAUAAAAAGGAUUCCAUCACACCGAAAGACCAACAAUCACGAAACAUCCGUCGACUGAUAAACGUCAGCUUUCUCUGUUCUGGAAAAAAACCGUUGGCGCCCAAAACAGCGAGCAACUAGUGUCAAAAUGUUCAAGUUACACGUGAUUUGUGCUAUUUUCCUGUUUGCCCUCCUUAGCUGGUCCAACGCACAACCGGUGAAGGACCAGGAAGUUGAGGAUCUAAUUUACAAACUACAGCAACUCAAACAACUGAACGAUGCUUCCCAGAUUGCUCCAACGGAUCCGCACAGCAGUGGUGGUGGCGAAAAGGAAAGAAGCCACCUAGCGCCGGAUCCCAGCACCGGUUCGUUAAAAACCAAACGAUCGCUCAACAACUCGGACCGGCGUACGCUGCUGUACCAGUACUAUGCACGUGGACUGGCCCCGAUGUACGACAAGCGUAACUUCGACGAGAUCGAUCGCUACUCCACGUUCGGCGGCAAACGCAACUACGAGUUCAUGACGCCCCAGGAGAGGCACAGCACCAUCAAGCGCAACUUUGACGAGAUUGACCAGUGGGCAGGAUUCAACUCUCGCCUGCGGCCCAGCAUGUCCGGCUACGGCAAGCGCAACUUUGACGAAAUCGACCGGUACGGCAAAUUCAACAAGCGACUCUUCCGGGAGGUCGAGGACCUGGGGGCCAUUUCACCGAACAGCCUCAAGCAGCAUGGCAGCAACCUGGCCGACGAGAUGGCCGUCAUCAACGAGUACGCACAGUGAACCGGAGGCACGGAACUACACUGACACUCUUCUACAAGAAACAAAGAAAGAAAGAAAGACGACGGUGGAGCUAACACUCUAAUAUUACUAAGUUUAUCGACAUUCUCGCAGAUUGCGUCAAUCCGAAUAACAAUCAAUUAUUUAGAUGAGUUCGGCGACUGGUGGUUGAAUAGUUGUACAGUUGGGAAAGCGAAAGUGCGCUCAAUGCAAUUAGCAUAAACGGUUGGAGCAAAGUGCAAAGAAGCAUAGAGGUAUAUGAGAAUGGUGAAUGCAAUAGAUGAUAAGCUCAGAGGACAGAGAUGUGUAAUGUUGUUUCAGCUAUAAUUAUGACAUGUUUUCAAAGCCUAACGUCUCGUGAAAAACAAAUUAAAAUCUACCUGCAAAUACAAGUAAACUCUUAAGACUCAA